AUGAAGACCUUGGUAGCGGCCGUGGCAGUGUGGGGGAAAACAGCUCCCUCUCACAGUAUCACUGCCAUUAUGAUUACAGAUGACCAGCAGACUAUAGUUACAGGAAGUCAAGAAGGACAAAUAUGUCUCUGGGAUCUUUCAACAGAAUUAAAGAUUUCAUCUAAAGAAAUUCUCUUUGGCCAUACUGCUUCUGUAACUUGUUUGGCAAAAGCAAGAGAGUUUGAGAAACAACCAUAUGUAGUAAGUGCUACUGAAAAUGGGGAGAUGUGUGUUUGGAAUGUCACUAGUGGACAGUGCAUUGAGAACACAAAGCUUCCUUAUAGGCAUACAGCAAUCCAUUAUUACCAUUGCUCAUUCCGAAUGACAGGUGAAGGCUGGCUGCUUUGUUGUGGGGAAUAUCAAGAUGUUCUUAUUAUUGAUGCUAAGACUUUGGAUGUUCUUCACACUCUAUCAUCGACUCAGUCUUCUGAUUGGAUAAAUUGUAUGUGUAUUGUACACUCUGCAAGAAUUCAAGAAGACUCUUUGAUUGCAGUGUCUGUAACUGGAGUUCUGAGAGUGUGGGACCUAUCUUCAUCUCUCAAUAGCAUACAGGAGAGACAAAGUGUGUGCGAGAAGGAAUCAAAAUCUCUGGAGUGUAUAAAUUGUCAAGCAGUACGAUUUUGUACCUACACAGAAAGGCUCCUUCUAAUUGUGUCCUCCACGUGCUGGCAGGUCUAUGAUUAUUGUGAUUUCUCCUUGCUUUGUACUGAGUUCUGUAAAAGUGGUCAGUGCUUUGCUGGUGGAGAAGUGCUGGCAGCUUACAGACUGAUCAUCUGGACAGAAGAUGGCCACAGUUACAUCUACCAGCUGCUAAACAGUGGGCUUUCUAAAAGCAUAUACCCUGCUGAUGGGAAGCUGCUGAAAGAAACAGUUUAUCCUCAUUUACUCUGCUUUACUGGUAUGAAGGAAAAUAAGAGUUUUCCUUUAGUCAUGGGCUUCAUGAAUGAAAGAAAAGAGCCUUUCUAUAAGGUUCUUUUUUCUGGUGAAGCUUCAGGAAGGAUCACUUUGUGGCAUGUUCCUGAUGUCCCUGUGUCUACAUCUGAUGGUUCACCAAAAGAGAUCCCAAUUACAGCAAUGUGGACUCUUCAGGAUAAUUUUGAUAAACAUCAUUCAAUGUCAGAAGGCAUCAUUGGUCAUCUUUGUGCAUCUGAAGAUGGACUUGAAAGUGCAGUUGUCAGUUCCUCUGUGUACAUACCUGGUCUUGAUAAGCUCGUGUGUGGAUGUGAAAAUGGGAAAAUUUUUGUAACAUUAGGUUUAAAAACUGCAAGAGCAAGACUUCUAGAAAACAUACCUUCACUUAAAGAGAAUCUUCCUUAUAAAGUUCUGAGUGGUCACAGUAGCAGAAUCACUUGUUUACUUUACCCACAUGACAAAUCAGUAAGGUUUGAUCCAAGCUGGCUGUUAUCAGGGGGCCAGGAUUCUCUUGUGAUCUGCUGGGAUAUAUUUACUGGAGGCAUCUUAUACCAAUUUAAUCUGCAAUCUGGUCCAGUGACAAAGCUCUUGCGAUCUCCAGAAAACUACAGAUUAAAAGACCAGAGUAUAGUGUGCUGUGUGUGCAGUGAUCACUCAGUAGCAAUUCUACACCUUCAGAAGAGAGUAUGUCUCUUACAUGCCAGAAAACAUCUGUUUCCUGUGAAGAAGAUAAAAUUUGACCCUGUUGAAAAUCUACUAAUUGUUGGAUGUGAAGACAAUUCAGUUUAUGUUUGGGAAAUUGAAACAGGCACACUGGAACGACAUGAAACAGGCGAAACAGCAAGAGCAAUUCUUAGUGCCAUUGAAGAUUCAGAAUAUUUAGUGGCAGAUGCUCAGCUUCCUGUAUCUGAGGAGCCAAAAAGAAACAAGAAUUCUGGAUACAAGCACUCUAGCUUGUAUAAACAUGGUGUGGGCCCUUACACUCCUACUCAUACAGAAAAAUCUUCAGAUAAGGUAACUGAUACCAGCUGCAUCCAACAGCCCUUUACUAUUUUACCAGUUAAGACUAAAUGGAACAACGCAAACUUUCAUAUUCUCUUAUUUGAUCUGGAAAAACUUGAGGAACUUCUGCUGUCAUCACAACUCAAUGGAUUAAAAUCAUUGAAUUCAUUCCACAACCUAUACAAUCUAGAAAGAGCCAAAAGUACUACUGAGAAAAGGGCACUGACGUUAAAAAGAAACAAAACUGCUGGCUCCUUGCCUCCAGUGGAUGGGCAGGUAGAUACUGCUUUUUCAAACCAGGUCUGCAAGGAUAAUAAUGCAGCUAAGCCUGUGGAAGAAAGUGGUGGCAUGAAAAGGCAGAAAAAAAUGAAGAGUUCAAGAAAGAUUAGAAUUCAGCCAUCAGGAAACAUUGAUAUGAAUGUCAUCACUGAUACAGCAAAACUGCUUUUGUCAUGUCUCCUACCAUGGGGUGUAGAUAAAGAAAUAGACAAUCUCUGUGUUAGCCACUUGGGUAUCUUGAGGCUUCAGUGUCGGGUUUCUUUUGGACUUGUGUCAGAUGAAAGCCACCUAUCACUAAUGUUGCCAGGAUGGAAAUGUACUGAUUGUGGUGUGCCAGGAGAACAUGAAAUUUUCAACUUGUUUUCAAAAAGAGUGCUUGAUUUGUCAAACAAAUACCUUGCUGCAACUGAAGGACAAACUGGAGAGAAGAAUGAGCCUGAGAACAAUGUUUAUGGAACAAAGGAUUUGGAAACGAUACUUUUCUUAUUUAGCAGAAUAGCUUUAAUCAACAGGAUAAUUAACAUACCUUCAGCAGUUACAGAUGAAAUUGAAAGCCCACAGAAAUCAGAAUCUGUACAUGACAAAUGGCGAAAUGUAGAAGCAGUAACACCUUCAUUCCUCAGUUUUUAUGGAGACUUACCAAGUAGUAAGAGUAGAUACCAUACCCCAGACUUUGGAAGUAUUUCAUUGCUGAAACUCGUUUGUUGUUGGAGUGACCAAUCUGUAAAGAUUAUUGAGGCAAUGCAAGCAGUGCUGCUGGCAGAAGUUCAAAGGACUAUGAAUCCCUUGAGAAAGAUGACAAUUUGCAGAGAGCCAUUGGCCAUAGUAGAGAAUGGAAAUGCCAGUGUGCUGAAGCAUGACAAGAGCUCCAACUCAGCAAACUUCCAAGAUGUGGAGGAUAUGCCUGACAGAUGUGUCUUGGAAGAGUCUGAGAGUCCAGAUGACACGAAGCCACAUCCCUGGAUAUCUAAGGUGUGCUCCUGUAAGGUGUGUUAG